AAGAUAGAAACUUUUUAGCAGUUUGCUAGUGCAUUUUUCGAACAUUCUGUAUACACUUUGAAAAAAUCAGAGAUAUAGACAUUAUUAUGUCUAUAUCUCUGGAAAAAUUGCAAAUUUUGUUUGAAAGCUCAAGGUAUUACUGGUUGCCUACAUACCAACACCUAUUUGUCAUAAGAACGAAGAAGAAUUACUGGAAUAACCUCAAAAGCUUUUGUUUACAAACAAACUAAACAUUAAUUUUUUUAACAAAAUGAUCUCUAAAAAAUUGUUAUUUGAUUCUUGAAUAUCUAUAAACAGAUUUAUUAUAGAAGAUGGAUCUAUUUGAAGACCUUAUCUUUAAAAAUGACCCAAUUUAUAUGAAGAAUUUAGUAGGAAAACUGGUAAAAAUUAAUACAAUUGAAAAGACUUCUUAUACUGGAAAACUCUAUGUAAUUGAUCCUAUCUAUAAAACUGUUAUUUUACAUUGCAAACCAACUGAUUCAGAAGAAAACCCUCAGGUAGUCAUAGUAUUUCACCAUGCCAUUGAAUCUUUUGAAGUAAUUUCACACGAAGUGGAUGAAACGUAUUUAGAACAGAAAGAAACUCAAGAGGUUGAUUGUGAUGUAAAUUUAGAAAAAUCAAAGUUAAGGAAAUGGCUUGGGCAGAUGUUCAUUCAAGCUGAAGAAGUAGGAGAUUACUUGAAAAUAGAAGACCAUUUAGUUAUAAUGCCCCCGUAUGGUGUAAAUAAUUGUAUAUGCAACAAUACAAUUAUAUUAGAAAAAAUUAGGAAUAUUAUUAGUUCAAUGCCAGCAGAUUUUAAAUAAGUUAAAAAAAAACAUUUAUUAUGCUACAAACUUUAUAUUAAUAA